GUCUCCACAAGGGGGAAGGAGCGGAACCUCCAGGUGCGGUAGGUACAAAGCUGGAAACGGAGAAAGCAGAGAGGCUGGCAGCUGAGGGCGCAGGCAUCGCGGCGUUUCUUCAGCCACCACGCCCUCUUGAAAGUGCCGCUGGAGGAAAGGAAAAGCGCUCCCUUUACGGCAGCCCCCUUCCCUGUUGCCACCCAGACGGAGGCGCCCAACAUGGCCAAGCACGUUUUCCUUACGGGACCACCAGGAAUUGGAAAAACAACGUUGAUCCAGAAGGCCACUGAAAUUUUAAAAUCAUCCAGUGUCCCUAUUGAUGGAUUUUACACAGAAGAAGUGAGAGAAGGUGGCAGGAGAGUAGGAUUUGAUGUUGUCACGCUGAGUGGAAGAAGAGGAGUUUUAUCUCGAGUUGGCUCUGGUCCCGCAGCAGCAAGGUGUGAAUACCGUGUUGGCCAAUAUGUAGUGGAUCUAACUUCAUUUGAACAGUUGGCUCUUCCUUUGUUGAGAAAUACUGAUCUCAGCAGCAGUGCAGUGAAAAAGGUCUGCAUAAUUGAUGAGAUUGGUAAAAUGGAGCUCUUCAGCCAGUCAUUUAUUCAAGCUGUCCGUCAUAUUCUGAGUGGACCAGGACCUGUGAUCCUUGGAACCAUCCCAGUGCCUAAAGGAAAGCCUUUGGGGCUUGUGGAGGAGAUCAGAAGUAGGAAGGAGGUGAAGGUCUUCAAUAUUACAAAGGAGAAUAGAGAUGGCAUUUUGCAAGAUAUUGUGACAGCUGUACAGAACUGCCUACAAUGAGAAGUUUGUGUUAUACAUGCCAUCUUAUGUAUUCUUUACAGCCUAGUGGAGCCUCUAUCUUUGAGGCUUUAUUGACUUUGAAUAUGCAGGUGUGAGCUGAGCUAUUUCAAUUUGUUGCCUGCCAUUGCUUUUCAAAUCCUGCUUACAUUUACAUUACUCACAUUUCCUUCAUUUACAGAUAAAAUAAGGACCAGAAAAUUUAUCCUAGGAUCUGAAAGCAAAGCUAUUUGAUUUUAGCUUCAUAAUACUGUGAGGCCAGACGCUGAAUUGAAUUUUACCUAUCUCGGUGCACAUGAGAACAAAUUCUGCACAGUCCUGUAUCAAAAUUAGUGGAACUGGGCUGAGACUUUUUCAGUCGUAGCACUUCAUUGGAAGAGAAGUUUAUCUUGGUCCAAAAGUCUUCCUGACAUUUUGUAUCUUCUUUCUUCCCCUACCCUGUACAUGACUUAUCACAAGCUCUGCUUAAAUGUGCAGUAGGCACAUACCUGAAUUGCACAUGGAAUGCUCUUUAGCUGGAUCGGGGAUAACAGUAAUGAAACACAGAGAUAGGUCAGCUUGGCUUCUCAAGGUAAGUGAAAAAGGGAAAUAUGAUGAGUCCAGAAAGAAAGGACGCGCCUACUGAUAUUUCUAGUGUUAUUUUGAGGUUAGUGUUUAAAAGAAACUGCUAACUAUUGAGGAGAUAGCUGAUCAGGAUUCUGCCAAGUUUUUCACUAGGCCAUUUUUCGUUUGCUUUUUCUUUCAUUUCUAAAUUUCUGGCAGAUAUUUCCUUGAUAUAUAUUUUCAUUAAACUGUGUUGGGGGGUAUUUCUCAUGUAAAUCAAUAUUUUUCUUUAAUUCAGUUUGACAUUUGAUGGUGCUAGUUAAACAACUGUUGCAUCCACUAACGCUUAACCAUUUUUGUUUCUUUUAGCACCAUUUCUAGUUAAUAAAGAAACUAAAAAUUACUGCGACAGUUUGUGUCCCAUCUGAAUAGUGUUCAGGAAAAGUGUUUACCACUUAAAUCAGUUUUGCAUGUAAUGAAAGCUCUAUUCCCAGCCAGGUGUACAUUUGCUUUCAUGAACUAUAUAGUGUUCCUUGACUCCAGCAAAAACUGGAAAGGCAUUUAAGCCCUUUUCUUCCUUCACUCUUGGUGUAUGAAGUGUAACAAAUGAUAAAUUAAAGCAUUUCUUGGUUAAAGGAAUAUGGAAACUUGCAGUGUUCUCAAUGUCAUUUAUUUAAAUACCAGGUUAUAAUUUGUCUACAAUAGCAAGAGUCCAUCAGUAUCUUUUUUCAUACAGCGAUCGUGUUACCAGCUCUGCCUUAUUGCAGGUGCUUAGAAGUCUGCCUGUGGACUUGACAGAAAUGAGUGUUUUUUCUCCCCAUAUACUUGAGGUAAAGACUUGGUAUAACUGCAGACGUCUACUAGACUUGUGCAGUGUUAUAGCCCUAUUCAAUUUUCUUGUUUCUUAAUAUUGAGAGCAAGCCAGAAGUUAAAAACUAGCCGUCCUGUUUCAUAGAUGGUAUCUCUGAUCAUUAUAUUUGGCAUCAAGAAGGAACUUUCCCUGGGUGCAACUGACAAGGGGUUGCCUUUCCUUGCCAUGUGUGUCCUGGUUCCCUUGAGAGUCAUUUAUUGCUAUUGGCUCCUUUAUGUGGUGCAGGUGUUCUGUGCAGCAUUGAUACCAUUUAAAGACAUCAGCUUCCCAACACAGCAUGCCUAUAUGAAACAUGUAGCAAUGAAGUGAGAAACUGGAUUAGGAGGAUGAACCUAGUGGUUUAUGAUUAGUCUAGAUGAGCACGUUUCUCACUUCAUUAUUGCUUUAUGAGACCUUGUGUUGACAAUAGUAUAUUAUCUGCUGCUUGCAUUUGGGAAGAUUCAAGAGCACUGUGAUACAAGAAAUAACAGCCCUACAGCAUGCAUUCAAUAUGACUGAUGUCCAGUGCACAUGAUAUAUCUGCAGAGCUCCUGAUUAAAGUUGUGUUGCACCUGUGAAUUUUAAUUGGUAUAACAGGAAGAGAAUAAUUUGUGCCUGAUCUUCUCUACAGGCCUUAGAAUCAAGGCCAUUCAACACAUAGAUUUGUAGCAAAGUUAAGCCAGAAAGUGUCCAGAUGGUGUAACAUAAACAAAGUCUGCAGUAUUCAACUUGUACUGGCCUGUUGAUGAUGAUGAUUUUGCAUUUAAGAUUUCUGAAGAAGAGAUUAAUUUUGUAAUGUUUGAACUUCUGCAUAGUCAAUAAGAUGGGAUUGUUAGGAGAUUCAGUGGUAGAAAAUAAAAAAAAAGUUUCAUUAAGAACCUAGGAUGAGAAAAUAUAACCAUUCAGCUGCAAUCUGGUCUUCUAAGUAUUCUAACUAUUGAAAUAGAAAUGUACUGAAAGCAACUUUCUUCACCUCCUCUGUUUUUGUUGUAGUUUAUCUGCUGCAAAAAAAAAGAGAAAAGCAGAAAUUGGCUAAACAAUGUAUCUGUAUUAUUUUUUUUAAAAUGCCAUUUAAUAGCCUGAAAAAUCAACGAGACUAGCAACGAGACUCCCUUUGUUUCCUUUCCUUUUUACCUCCCCUACACCACACAAUCUUACCUGUUCUUAGAAAUAUCAUGAGUUCCCAACAUUUCCUCCCCCAAGCAACACCAAUCCCACUGCAUUUUUUCACCCCACCCUGCCAGUAGUCUUCAUGAAAUUCCAUCAAGCUUCUCCCGGCAAAAUGCAAAACAUUAGAGGUGGAAGCAGUUCUGUGAUUCAUAAAACAGUGGAAAAGUCUAUUUACAUGUCCAGCACCAGAUUAUUAAGGUAUUUCAAAAUGGAUGGGAGUUGUUUUCACUGAGGAGACAUUGACAAUACAUUUAAGAAAUUGUUUUAGUUUUUGUUGAGUUUGUAAUGCAAGGUUACUAGGAUGAAAACUUAGUUGAACUUAAACAAAUGUUGCUAGUGACACUUGGCAGCCAGAGCUUUGUGGCAGAGUACAUAACUUUGUGUUCGGAAUAUUCCACCCCUGCUUUCUCUAGUUAAAGGCUGAAGGAAUGGGGUUGGGGAAAAACCUUUGCCUGAGACCCAUAAUUGCCAGUGCCAGUUAAAGUUAAUAAUGGGCCAUACAGCAAGGGUAAUUUUAUGCAGG